AUGCAUGCACUCACUUACUAUUCGAGUAAUAAAAAUAAGUUUCGGUUACGUGCUACCAUCGAUCAUCUACCAAAAACUAGAAGUAAUGCUGGCGAUAAAGUGACACUUACAAAUUUUGAAGAUGAUCAAACGUUACAAUGUGGUAAUCACUAUGAUCGUUCAAAAGUAGUGGCUGUUAAUCCCCGAUUGUUUGGUGUCUCUGAUUCAGAUUGGAUAAACAAGUAUAAAGAUGCUGAACCAAAUAGUAUACCAUGGUGUGGAAAACAAAUACGAUUAACAGUAAACGGGGGGAAAUACAACAAAGUUUUUACGAUAGCUGAUACAUGUCAGCCAUGUGCUGGUAAGAAAUGUGAUGGUGCACCUAAAUGUGAUUAUGACAAUGUCAUUGACUUUGCAACGGAGCAAAAUGUACGAGAAAUUAUAAAAGCGAUAACAGGAGAAAAUGAUGAUGGAUUAGUUAAUACAAAUAAAGUUUCAUGGCAAAUAUUAAAUUAG